AUGUUCAAGAUCUUGAAGGAGAUCGCCGACGAUAAAGAGAGGUGCCGAGAACAUGAUCAAGAGGUGAAGGUCUCUGCCCGCGUGACAAGCAAAGGAUCCGCCGAAGCCUUGCAAGAGAAUCUGGUACAGUUUGCUGAUGACUUGACACAGAAUGCAGCCACCCUCGGCACUGAUGGGAAGAUUAAGCUGCCAAAGCGCAAAAAAAAUCUCACACCAGAACAAGAGACCGACAAGGGCAUGGUGGCUCUCUUCAAGAAGCUGUUGCAGGAUGAUGCAAAGCUUGGAGCAUUGAUUGCGGACUUGACAAAAGUGCCGCACAGUGCCGAGUUGAGCAAGAGCCUGGAAAGCCACAAGGAGACCGUGAAAAAUAUCAUCAACACCUUCGACGAAGAAAGCAAAGUGCCGGAGCUUGACAUGGCUGGGAAGAAGAGGGCAAUGGAAAAGGCUCAGGACGCGAUGAAGCCUGUAUAUGUGGAUAUCAAAGAAGGCAACAGACGUUGCAAAGCUCACGGUGUGAAGCCUUCCAAGGGCGGAGAGACGUCGGCUGGCCGUGAUCAGCAAGAGCGACUCAGCAAUGCCUAUGCCGAGUUUGCUGCGGCAUGCAGGGCGGAACGUGUGCGCCGCAUGGCACGUAUGCAUGGAAUCAUGUAA